AUGUUUCUAGGCACAGGUAUUGCACCAAACUUGGUGUUAACUAUUUUAACUUUCUGUUUAUUCGGAAUUUAUAGUGAUUUUCUUUUCUCACUCUUCAAUUCGUUGCCAAUUCCAGUUAGUGAUUUGAUUAAUUCAACAUUAAUUAGAUAUGGGAUUCCAGUCACUGAAACUAGGUUAGUUUUUUUUUGUUUCUUACUAAUUUUUUUCUAUAUCCAUAUAUCAAACCUAUUUUAGCACUUCUAUGAUCACAUCAGUUAUGAUUGGAACAUCAAACAUUGGAGUAAUAUCUUCAUUAUUUUUAAUCGUGCCACUUUCUGACUCUAAAGGUCGAAAAUUCACAUGUAUUUAUUUACGGUAAAUCUCAAAUGUAUCAAAUAGUUUUCAAUUUUCAAAUGAAAUAUUUCAGAUCAGCAAUCAGUUUCGUCUCUUCAAUAUUAUAUGUAGGAAGUGCAAAAUUCCAUUCUUUGGAAUUAUUCACGCUGGCAUCACUUAUUUUUGGACUUCAAGGACCAAUUCGAAUGUUUUCAACUCCAUUGUUCAUCAGUGAAUGUGCUCCAGAUAAAUAUAGAGGAUUGGCAACACUUGCUCUAACUGUAGCUGAUUCUGCUUCAGCUUUAGUGAUGUCUUCAAUAACUUCACCAAAUUUAUUAGGAACUAUUGAUCUUUGGUUCAUUUUUCCAUUAACAUCUGCCGUAUUUUAAGUUUUUUGUUGGACUUGUUCAUCGGAAAAGGCAACAGAUUAUUAAAUUGUUUCGUUUUCAGGUCAGUGGUAUGUUUAUUUCUGGCUACAAGGAUUCAUGAAUCACCAAAAUGGUUGAUUCAACAAAAUUAUAUGGAUGAUGCAAUGGAAGCUGUAAAUUUUUAUCACGGAAAAUCGAAAUCAAAAAAUCAAGGUUUGUUUUUCGAAUUUGUUGCAAAAAUCAACCACUAAUGGUUUUUUUGCAGAUGAUGUUUUGUAUUCAAUGGUUAGAGAGAAAAAUUUGACAUCUGCUCAAAAAUUGAGUUUUCGAGAAGUUUAUGGUGAUGAUACUUUGCGUGAAGCUGUAAAAAUUGUUUUUGUUGCAUAUUCGGUUAUGUGGUUAUCACCGAUUGCAAUUGAAGGUGUUUAUACAAUGAAAAUUCAUUUAGAUGCUGGAAUAACUAUAGAUCAAGUAUAUUUUAAAACUAAUUGAGAAUAUAUAAGGUUAUUGUUACAGACACUGAUGAUAACAAUGGUUUUAUCAAUAUUAUUCAGUCCUAGUCGACUCAUUGGAACUUUUCUCAUUGACAAAUUGGGAAGACGGAAGAUGUUAUUUAUUGCCGAGAUUCUAGUGUAACUUUGAAAUGAAAAUGUUCGAGCUUUAAACUUUUGAAAAUCUUCCUUUUUCAGAAUGACUAAAAUAUUCCUCUCAACUUCAAUGUUCUCAACAGUUUUCUUUUUCGGACCAACGUUUAUCUCGAGAAUUUUUGGUAAGUUUUCUUGAAAUUUCAAACAUCAUAUUCUUGAAUUUUUCAGUAAUUACAAACGAUGUAGUGACUGACUUGAUUCAUGCGACUGGUGCUGGAUCAAUUGGACCUUUGUUAAUUUCUGAAUUAUUUCCACCAUCGGCAAGAACUGCUGUUGGACAGGUUCUUUUUUCAUUGAAAUUUGACAAACAAAUUCUAACAAUCAAAACAUUUUUCAGUGUAUGAUAUUUUUGGGUCUCUUUGUAUUCAUCCCAUUUUCAAUCAUAUUUCCAAUACUUGAAUCGAUUUUUCCUCCAGCGUUCUAUGUUCCAUACUGGAUUAUUCAUCCCUUGAUAUUUUAUUAUCUUUACAAGUAUCUACCGGAAACCAAACAAAAAGCUGUUUGCGAUAUUAUUGAAACUUUGGACAUUGAUGUUGCAUCUAGGGUAAGACUUUCAACUGUUUCACAAUGGAAUACAUUUUUAUUGUGGUUUUCAGAGAGAAUCAAUGGUUAGUGAGGGAACUCCACUAUUCUUCAGAGACAGAGCAAAAUCAUUCUAUGUCAGACGAGCUGUUUUGAAAAUUCCAAGAAAACGAGUAAGUUAUUGAACAGAGAAAUGAAGAGAUAUUUAAAAAAUAAUGUAAUUUUUCAGUCACGAACUAUGGAUCACCUCAAACGAUUCAAAGAAGAAUAUCUUGCACAACACAAUCCAAGAAAAUAA